UCGACAGCAAUAUCGACAUCGGCAUCGACACAGACAUCAAUAGCAACAUCGACAGCAAUAUCGACAUCGGCAUCGACACCGACAUCAAUAGCAACAUCGACAGCAAUAGCAACUGCAACCACAACUGCAACAUCUGCAGCAACUGCAACAUCAACAGUCACAUCAACAUCAGCAUCGUCGCCACAGCCACAUCACUACCACCCCCACCCUCACCCCCACCAAUGUCCAAAACCCCCGCCUUCGUAACCACGGACGAAAAGCCCCUCACGCUCCCAUCUUCGGGCACACCCUCAGACCCACCCGUUAGCGGCGGCAACGACGGCCCGCACUUCUUCACGCCGCGCACGACGCUGACCGUGAACGCGCUCGGGAUCCCCUGGCUGCGGUUCCCGCUGACAGUGAAAGAGCUCACCACCACGAUCCUGCGCGACUCCGUGCCCGCAUACCAGUCCGUAAGGUUUAAGCGGUCGUCGGGGUCGUGUGUGUUGACGGCCAUGACGGCGGCGGGGGUGGCGGGGGCGGCGGAGGAGGUGGCACGGACUACGUACUUCUUUGGUCCCGGAAAAAGGAGGUCCCCCGUCCUCACUAUUGGCGAGGAAACGGUGCGCGCGCUCCGCGUGGGCAGGUUUUGCACGAUGAAUAGGGACUGUACGUUUAUGUGGAAGGGCGAGCGCUGCGAGUGGGUCUACCAGAAGGAGAUGAGGCCUGCGGUUACCAGUAGUGAUGGCGUGCUGUUGAAGACGAAGGUCUUAGUGCUUUACAUUGGUGAGGGCGCCGCGAGGAGGAAGGUCGCUGAGUUGGUUAGGAAUAGGGAGACGAGGACGAAGGGGAGUGGAGGGACGUGGGCGGGGAAUGGUGGCGCGCUGGUCAUCGGUGAUGGCGUCGAUGAGGCGCUCGUCGUUGCGACGGUCCUGGUCAUGUUGAAGAAGGAGGUUGAUCGCAGGAGGACCCAUCAGAUCUUGAUUAUUUCUGGGAUGAGCGGUGGUAGUUGAAGUACUGGUGUGUAGGUUGGGGUUUGAUGGCGGGACCGUGGGAGGAUGCAUAGGAUAGAUUGGAGUCUGUAAUUGAGCACUUGGGGGGGGUUUAUGGUGGGAGGAUGCAUAGUAUGUUGGAGUCUGCAAUCGAGCAUUUGAUGGCUUUUCUCUUCGCUUCGCCUGGCACUUUGGCCGGACAUACCCAUUAAUGUCCCACGAUCAUAGACAUCACUCAUUUCACCCAUGCAUGCAUUACCAUUCCCCGCUCGCACGGCAGUCGGUAGAGUAGUCGCUCAAUUCGCGAAGGACCUUCCAAGCCGCCACGGCGAACCCGAGAAUCCUCU